CUGUCUGGAGUUGAGCAUAAUCUCUCAUAGGACAUCUGUAAACCGGCGCGCGGUUUAUGCCGAAACUGAAGGUAUCGCCUAGUUUCAGGUGUUGCAAGUCAAAUUGGUUAACUUGGCUUUGCAUUAUGGGUAACGUAGUCUCAAAAAUUGAACCGCCAGAGAUGUCAUUUCGAAAGAAAACUUCAGUCCCAGCAUGCACCGCGCUGGUAAAACAAACAGAGGCAGGAGCUGAAAGGUGAGGAGGAGCCCCGCAGAAACGUCCCGGAGAGCAGAACAGACACGCGAACUCUUAUUUCUGCCACCACGCCGAAUAUGAACAUCACUGACUGACGAUGAAAAUAUGGCGGUGAAACAAGCUAUUUCCUUCCGACAUGGGAGUCUCAUGCGAAGUAAAUCUGAAGGAACCCUCAUUGAUUUGGGUCCAAAUCUCACAUCUGGUGACAGCUUAAAUGGAGUAAAUGUAUUCCGGAGUUCCCAAAACCAUCAUUGGCAGUUGUUGCAACCAGAAGUUUUACAGACUUCUUCUAUUAAAAACCCUUUUUGGAGUAAACUAUCCAGUUCAAAUCCUUUCCUCGCGGAUGUUGUAGACAGCUGCAAGAACAACAAUAAUUCAGAUGCAUCCGAUCUAAAAGAAGAGAAGACACAACUAGAGCCAAGUCACGACGAUGACAUCAGCACAUCAUCAGAUGAAGGCAACCUGGGCAACUUUUUACCGCGCAAACUCAAAGUCGGCAAUCAAUCUGGGAGAUGGAGGAGUGCUUCAGACAUUCUGGACGAUUUAGGAAGAAAGGCACCAAAAUCUUACAACAGCUCCAAACCUCCUGGGCCGGUGCUGAGCCCCGAUUUUGAGUGGCUAAAAAAUGACAUAGAGGCCUAUAAGAUGGCCUGGCUGAGUCACAGGCAACUAACACGUUCAUGUCUAGAUUUGAAUUUGAUGAGUAAGAGCCCCGGAUGGGCUCAAACGCAGGCCGCUAACUUUCAGGUCAUCUCCAAGAUUGACCACCAUGGAGGCAGAGUGGAGUUACCCGAGUCCAAAAUAAGCAUCCAUGUCCCAGAGGGCCAUGUCCCACCUGGAGAAAUACAGGAGAUUUCUCUGAAAGCAAUGCUGGAACCUCCUCCUGGACUCAACACCAGCUACAUGACCACCCUGAGUCCCCUUCUUGAGGUCCUCUUAAGCAACAUCAACACAAAGGAGAGCUUGUCUGUGGACAUGAAGCUGUCAGGGCAGGUGAAGAGUGACCCAGACAGUCAGCUGAUGACCACCGUGUCUGGUUUAGUGUCCAGCAAAAGAGAGGGGCCGUAUGUCCAAACCAACGACUGCAACAUCCAGAACAACACAAUUCAGAUAAAGCUGCAGGACUUGAAGACACACUUUUUUGUGAUCGCAGUUGCAGAGGCCUCUCCAGUUAAGCCACCUGUUACUUCAGUCUGGGAUUAUCUAGACAGACAAAUCACCAUUGCAGUCUACGGCCCGAGAUACAUCCACCCGUCAUUCAAGCUUGUAAUCGUCGUCUGCUGCCAUGAAGAUGUCCCGCCAAAGCUUCCGUUCUCGGACAUCUGCCGGGGAAACAAGCAGCUGCCUCCGGUUGUGCUGCAGCUUUGGAGAAAGCAUUCCUUUAAGUUUGACAAGCUGGUUGACUUUGAAAUCACAGUAGGUAUUAAAGGAUCAGUGUUUCAAAUUAAAGCUAAGGACCAAGUCAAGCAAGUGAGGCAAAGUCAGCUAAAGAUUGGGACUGUUGUGCAUCUACCAGUGAAUGUAUCUUGUUCCGGCAACACAGAUCUGGCACCUUUUGAACUAGACGUAGAUGUGAAGGAAUUAAACUUGGCCUCUGGCGAUGCAUCAUUUCAGGUGCCUUCCCCUCCUGCAGCACCCAUCAGAUCAGAGAAGCGCAUAUCAAAACAAUUAGAAAGGAGAACUGAAAUCGCCAAAACCUCACCCAUUCCUGAGGAAAGUGACACAGAUGAUCCUGAAUUUGAAGACAGACCCAUGAUCCUGCAGUAUUACGGUGUAGCUCUGAAAACGGUCAUUCGACAGCCACACGUUGAUUACCUGCUGGAGUAUUUCAAGGGCGACACCUUGGCUCUCCUUUCCACAGAGGCUGUCAGGUCAGUUGGUAACCUAAAGGUAAAAGAGUGGUACAUUGGAUUCCUCAGAGGCAGAACUGGCUUGGUUCACUGCAAAAACGUCAAAGUCAUAACCAGGGAUCAGGUGAUAGACUUCACUGGCAUCAAACUCUCCACAGAGAUUCUCUUACACAACAUGGCGAGGCCCCUCAAGAAGCUAACCUACAUGUACUCAGCCAUCCAGACUCUGGUGACAAAAGAUAUUAAAAGCUGGAGAAGCUUUGCUGAUGCUUUGGGAUACAAAAGACAGCCACUGGAUGCGAUCACAUGGCGGCAUGCUGAAACGGAGGCCGAUAAAAUAGCCUGCGUACUGGAAAAGCUGAAGGAGGACUGCCACUGCGAGAAUUCAAAGUCAAAGUUCCUGCAUGAGCUGAUGAUGGGCCUGCUGAAGAUGGACUGCGUGAAUGUUGCCGCGCAGCUCAUUCAGAACACCGUCAUACUUUCGGCUGCUGUGGAGCUGGGAAGCCGAUGGCGGGAGCUUGCUGAGAAGAUGGCCAAACUGUCCAGUGCUCAGAUUGCCAGUUAUGAGGCUCCACAUCGGGGGAAGAACGGUGAAGUCAAUCCACAGGCCAUGUGGAAACCUGCUUAUGACUUCCUGUACACCUGGAGUCUCCGUUAUGGAAAUGGCUACAAGGACAUGAUCCAGGAUCUUCACCUUCUCCUUGAUAAAAUGAAAAACCCCGUCACUAGACAGUGGAGACAGCUGACAGGCGCACUCAUCACUGUAAACUGCCUCAAGAUCUUUCAAGACGCAGCUUUUCCAAAGCAUUAACCUUCCUGCACUCUAAUGGUAAGAACUGCCUGCUAUGAAGACACAAAACAUUCAGUUCGCAUUUAGCUCAAGCUUAGGCUCUUAACACUCGGUGCUCUUAAAAUUACUAAACUGGGAUGACAAAACAAGGAAAUGUGGAGGUAGCGUUAUUUCUAUGUAAAUGUAAAACAGUAAUAUCAGUAUAUUGUUCCUGAAAGCUACUGUAUCUGUGUUAUUCCUAAGUUCUUCCGCUGAAUCGUCUGUUCUUUGUUUUUUUUACUCUGAGCUACAAUCCUUUGAACACAUUAUCCUGUAGCUGAAAAACAGGUUUGUUCUCCUACGAUGAUUGUGUUCUGCCAUGUCUAUGUUUAGUUAUUUUGUUACAACACAUGCAUGCUAUGUUGGUGUUUCCAAACACAAUGUUACUGACUAAAAGUAGAUAGAUGAACAGUCAGGAUGCACACAAAUGUGAUGGCUGUUACUGAAAUCUGAACGACUGCAGUGUCAUACUUAAUUUUUGUGUUUUUAAAUUUUUGUAUGUUUUAUAUGUACUGUAUGGAUGAAACUAUUUUUUGCCAAAGUUACAAAAAAAACUGGUGAAGGAACAGGUGAAGCUACAGUUCCAGAGUCUAAAAUUGUUGUUUUCUUAAAUGUUAGCACUGUUUUUAUUUGUAUUGGAAAGUGAAACAUUAUUGUAACAAAGCAUAUGUAGCUGAAAA